AUGAAAGUAAUAUAUAAAAAAUAAUAUAACAUANUUUCAGACUUUUUAUCUGCUACAGGAGUCAUUUCUGAAAAAUUUAGAUCUGGAGAUAUUGAUUUAAAUUUUAUUGCUACCUCAAAUGUUAAAGACAUAAAUUAUCCCAACGUUUAUGAAAAAGCUCUAGUGAGAUACUAGCUUAUGGAAGUACUGGUUAGAAUUGCUAUUGAUAAAUAUUUGCGAACAUAAAUUUGCAAAACAAUUAAAGAGAGUUUGAGAAAAAUGUUUGAAGAAGAUGGAAUCAAAUUAAAAUUAUAAGAAAUUGAUCGUAGCUAAGAUUGGAGGGAUAUGAGAUAUUGGAAUGAAUAAUGUGAUAUUUUAUUAAGUAAUUCAUUAUUAAAUAUUCUUUUAGAGGAUAGGUUACCUAUGUUAAAAUUGCUUUUCAAAUAUACAUCAAAAUUAAAUUCCAAAUAAAAGUAUUACAAACACAUUUGGCUUUAAUUUAAAGAUUUCAGAGAUUUAUUAAAUAAAUGCGAUUUAUAUUGUGAUAUUUUUGUUGAAAGAGAUGCUUAUCUUGCAUAUUUGCUGGCUAUGCAGACAUCAGUUGAUGAACUAUACUUACUUAAACAUUUCUAGAUGGAAUUUUAUGAAUUCUUAGAGGCUCUUGCUAGAUGUGCUGAAAAACUCUCUCUAAUAAGAACAAAUGAUUAAAUUACAAUUGAUGAUAGAAGACAAUAACCUUUGUUUAAGAAAUUAGAUGCCUUAACCUUACUCAUUUACAUUAGAUUGGGUGAGAUUGUUAAGGCUUAAUUUCGUGAAUCUGAUGAUCUUUCUGAAUUUGAUAAGUGCAUGUAAAAGACCUAUGGUCAGGUAGUUAAACAACCUAACACAGAUUUAGAGGAGGAUAAUAAUGAAAAAAUAACACCUUAAUAAGAAGAAAAAAUAUUAGAAGAGCAACUCAAAACUAUUGUUGUUCAGCCUAUUCUUACUAUGGUAUUAUUUUAUUUUAUCAAGCCUUAACCAAACAAAAGAUCAACUGGAAUGACAUUCUUACAGGUUAUUAAAUAGGCAUAAUAACAGAAAUAAUUGAAAAACACGUUUAAUCUUACUAAUGUUGUAUAAUAUUUUAGGAAUAAAGAGGAAGAACAACUGUUAAAAUGA